GACGUAAGAAACGCUACGUGUUCAGGAAGUAAUCUCAUUCAAUCAACAUGGCGUCGCAGCAGGGAGAAAUCGACGAAUUAUUUGAUGUAAAAAAUGCAUACUAUAUUGGCAGUUACCAACAAUGUAUCAACGAAGCUCAAAAAGUAAAGCCAUCAAGCCCGGAUAAAGCGACUGAAAGAGACAUGUUUCUAUACAGAGCAUACAUUGCCCAGAGGAAAUACGGUGUGGUGAUGGAUGACAUCAAGCCUAGCUCUUCUGCAGAGCUUCAAGCCGUCAAAAUGUUUGCCGAGUACCUCUCCAACGAAGGCAAAAGGGAUGCGAUAGUGGCCGAUCUUGACAAGAAGAUGUCGAAGAGUGUUGAUGUAGCCAACACCACGUUCCUUCUCAUGGCCGCCUCGAUUUACUUCCAUGACGGGAAUACGGACGCAGCUUUGCGGACCCUGCACCAGGGUGAAAGUCUGGAGUGCAUGGCGAUGACCAUACAAGUGCUGCUGAAACUUGACAGAGUUGACUUGGCAAGGAAGGAACUGAAGAAGAUGCAGGAGCAAGAUGAAGAUGCCACAUUGACGCAGCUGGCGACUGCCUGGGUCAACCUGGCAGUUGGUGGAGAGAAGUUACAGGAUGCGUACUACAUCUUCCAAGAGAUGUCGGACAAGUACUCCUCAACGCUGCUCCUGCUCAACGGUCAGGCUGCCUGCCAUAUGGCCCAGAACAAAUGGGAGGAGGCAGAAGGAGUGUUGCAGGAGGCUCUGGACAAGGACAGCGGCCACCCUGAGACUCUGAUCAACCUCAUUGUGCUAACGCAGCAUCUUGGCAAGCCGCCCGAGGUUACGAACCGCUAUAUGUCUCAGUUGAAAGACGCGCACAAAACGCAUCCAUUUCUUAAAGAAUAUUUUGCCAAGGAAAAUGAAUUUGACAGACUGGCCAUGCAGUAUGCUCCCAGUGCAUAAGAUUUGCAAAAUCUUUGCGGUUACGCCCACUUUUGUAAAUCCCUUCAUUUUACUAAAUAAACAAGUGUUCAUGGAAAAUAAGGCAGUUACACAAAUAUUUAAUCUUUGUGGAUGAAACUGAGUGACUGGUCCCUGCCUGUAUUUCUGUUUGUAUCUUAAAGAGAAUACACAAGAGGCUGAAUAAAGCUAUAACAAUAAGACUAGCCCUUUUUUAUACAGUUGAAACUACAGUACAUGUAAAACAGUUUCCUUUUCUGCUGUAGUUGCCUAGUUUUCCAUUGCCUCCAUCUGUUAAGUACACAUGCUGGCUGAGAGAGUUGCCUACUUUCAUUCUCACUGAGUUCAUACUGAUGACCUGUAUUGUCCUUCCUUAGCAUUCCUUGAAAUUGAGAAUAAACUUUGUGUGACUGAA